CGCUCUGCCAUGACGGCGUGCAAUGACACGCUAGCAGCUUUCUGGGUCGACCGCCGGGCCUGCCUUCUCUCAGGGAAGCCGGCAACGAAUGCAUCGACGUACUGCGCCGAGCCUGCGUGCGUUCGCCAGCUCACGUCGCUCCAGGUCGCGCUACAAAACCAGUGCAGCGGCGUCGCUGACGCAGACAUCCCCAAGGUGCUCGGCGCCCGCCUGACGCCGUCGUUUUGCCUGCUUGCGUGCGUCAAUGUCUUUGAGACGCUCCAGCAGUCCCAGGCCGCUUGCACACGAAGCGGCGCCAAGACUGUCGCGCAGUGCAGUGCGUGCACCUCGUACAAGCUCACAGUACCCAAGCUCGUGCAGGGCUGUCAAUUUAACGCAUCGUCGGCGAGCUUGCUGGCCACGAUCGCUGGGGACAGCAGCGAGUGCGAAACCAGUGUCGCCAACGCGUCCUUUGACAGCACGGACGCAAACUCUGCGAUUUACUGGGUCCUCGGCGCACUCGUCACGUGCAUCGUCGUUGGUCUCGGUGUCUAUCGUCACCUGAAGCGCAAGAACGUCGUCAAGAAGGACCUCAACUACUAUCGCAAGCAAGGGUCCCAGCCAAAGAAGAAGGUGCCAUCGAACCUCCGAAAUCUCUUUCUCGACAAUGACGUGCGGCUCGACCCGAGCAUGGUCGACUACAUCUUUGAACAAGACCAACUCUCGCAGAUCACUCUCAAGUCCAAAGGCGGCUUUGGUCUCGUGUUUAGCGCGUACUUGCAGACGUCCAAUGGGCCCAUCCGCGUCGCCCUCAAGCAGCUUUUGCCCGAGAAGACGACAGACAUCGACCAACUCGAGUGCUUUAUGAGCGAAAUCCGACUCGCAGCGCGCCUAGACCACGUCAACAUUGUGCGCUUCGUCGGCAUUGCGUGGUCAUCGCUCCAGGACCUCUCGAUGAUGACCGAGUUCAUGGCGCGCGGCGACUUGCAUCGCUUCCUUCGACACGAGCUCAAGCAACCCGCCGGCAUGCGAACGCUGCAUUGGACCUCGGAGAAUCGCUGCAACAAGCUAAGCAUUGCCGCCAACGUCAUUGACGCACUCGUGUACCUGCACUCGCUCUCGAUCAUCCAUCGAGAUCUCAAGGCCAAGAACGUCUUGCUCACCGAGGACUUUUCAGCCCAAGUCACCGACUUCGGCGUUUCGCGAGAAAGCGACGAGGACGGCGACGCGAUCAUGACAGCGCGCGUCGGCACGUCGGCAUGGAUCGCGCCCGAGAUUCUCCGCGGCGAGCUCUACACGGUGCAGGCCGACCUCUACUCGUUCGGCGUCCUCCUCGCUGAGCUCGACACGUUGCAAACGCCCUACAGCAAUCCAGACCUGCAGCCUGAAGUCGAGGGCCUCUCGUCGUCGCAGCUCGCGAGCAAAGUCGCCCAAGGCAAGAUCCAACCGGCCUUUACGAGUGACGUGCCCCAUGCGCUACACCAAAUCGCCCAGCGAUGUCUCCAAUACAAGUACACGAAGCGCCCGACAGCGUCACAGAUCUCGAUGGAGAUCCACGCGCUGCUGCUCAAAGACAAUGCGCGUCUCUCGGGUCGGUGUCCAGUGUAAAGUUUUAACUUACGAUCGCGUACCUUGU